GAGAGUCUUCCAAAAUAAAAGUAGAAACUGCAUUGAAAAUCAUACUGCCCUUCAACUAUUCUCCAAUAAAAAAUAAAAAAAAGUCAUACUGCCCUAAAUGUAAAUGUGAAGCGUUCAUAGUGAUAAUCAUGCAGAUAUAAUCCAGCAAGUGCAACAAGGAGACACUUUGGCGAUACAUCGCCUGUUUCUCAGAGGAAGCAGCUUGCUGAGAGAAGGUGCAGGGCAGACAGGUAUUCUAGUCAUCUGACUUUAAGUUAUUAAUUCGUUCAAUGAAUGCUGCUUAACACACCUGCAAUGUCUCAAGCACGGCUCGAGGUCACGGGGAUACAGCAGUGAGCAAGCCAGACAAACUCAAGGAGACAGGACACCUUUCUCUUUAAUGAAAUUGUUCAGAUGUGCAAGGGAUUACAGGCAUUUGUGAACACAGCCCGCCCCUCCGCCGACAUGCCCCCCUAUCUCGGCGCUUUGGGGCUGAGGGAAGAGGAGAUGAAUGUUAAAGAGGGUCUGCGGCCAAUCCGCGUGCGCCUCCGGGAAGCGGCGCUCCACACUGGCAGAACUUCUGCACUGACCCAGGGGCUGGAGCGAAUCCCAGACCAGCUCGGCUACCUGGUGCUGAGUGAAGGCGCAGUGCUGGCGUCAUCUGGGGAUCUAGAGAAUGACGAGCAGGCAGCCAGCGCCAUCUCUGAGCUGGUCAGCACGGCCUGCGGUUUCCGGCUGCACCACAGCAUGAACGUACCCUUCAAGCGCCUGUCGGCCACAGAAGCCAGCGGCCCUGACUCCUUCCACCUGACGCUCUGCCUCACCCAGCACACAGCCUGGCCCCCACCAGCCCACCUCGAAGAGCCCCGUCCUCAGAGCCUGGAAGGCCACACUGAAGGCAGCUGGGUUGUGAAAAGGGUGAAGAGGUCAGAAGAGUCAAGGCCGCCCGCAGCGCCAGCGUUCCCUUUAAGAUCCGCGCUUUCUGCAGAACAAAAGCCUCAUUCAGGCGACCAAAGGAAAGAAGGAAAGAAGAAAGGAGAAUGACAGACAAGAGUUGGAAGCAGACAUUGUCAAGGACAUGACAAGGUAGCCAGAGGCUGACAACAGAGAACUGGGGCCCCGACUCUGACGGCAGGGUCAGUGGUGUGGUAAUAUUAACGGUGGCUUGGGUCCAAAAAGUUUUGCAGUCCCCUCCCCGCAACUCUCCCCAUUUUGCAGAUGAAGGUGCUCAGACCCAGAGGGUGGACAGCUUUCCCAAACUCAAUCCCAGGGGACAGGUUCCAAGAUAAGCAGGCAGAAAUGAACUGCUGGUCACAGAGGCUCUGGGCUAAAGGUACAGAAAGUCACACAUAGGGUCCAAUAAAUUAGCCAUUUAUUUAUAGAAUAAACAUCGAGUCGAACACUGAAACAUGAAACGGGGAAGCUUGUGAAGGAUGUGGCGGAUGGCAGAGGCCAUGAGAUAUGCUUUUAUUUCUUCUUUCUUUUUUCUAGUUUAAGAAAGUGAUACUGAAAAAACUCGAUAGAACCCAGACCCAUAGAUCCUGACAUCCUAGUCCCCUGCCCUGCACCCCGCAAACACCAGCUUUGUCUGUUUCUGAGACCGGGUGCCCCCACCCAUCCCCACCCUCAACUUCCUUCAAACCCCUCCCCCCGCAACUCUAAAACUCCUCCCUUUUUCUCUGUUGGGGCUCACCACCAGCCCAACCAUAGAGGCUGGGUUAGAGAGACCACACCUCCUUUCUAAAUAAAUACCCCCAGCCCCUCCUCCCCAGAUACCAAAUGAAAAAAUAAAUAUAGUGAACACCCACCCCCAACCCAACCCACCAAUGGAAAUCUGGAUUUGGGGCCCCAGCCAUUCACCCAAAAAGUCCCUUCUCUACCCUCUCUGCAGCCCCCUCCGACUCCUCCCCAGACCCAGCAGACGGGGGAGGAGGGGAUGGGCCACGAACCCUUCUGAUGCCAGGGCACCCCUCCCCAGUUAUCGAGGUCCGAGCAGGGCCAGGGCUGAGAGGAAGAGAAUGAGGAGGGGUUGGGUGUGAAAACUGACAGACGUCCCUCCAGUCCUGCUCCUGUCUUGGCUGUGGCGGAUAAUGACACCUCCUCCUUUGCCCCCAGCACCAUCCCUUCGAGGAGGGCGAGGAGGCCGGGCCGGGGGGGCCACAGCUGCUGCCCCAGCCAUCCAGUCAUCUGCAUAGUGCUGUCCCUCUCCAGAGCCGCUAGCGUCCUCUGCAGGGAGGAGGAGGAUCGGAAACAGACAGGGAUGGAAAAGAGAGGUAGCGGGAGACAGAGAGAAGGAGCCACAGGCAACGAGGGAGAGAACUCGAGAUAAAAACAGUGAUAGGUGGAGGGGUGGAGGAGCAGGCAGGGUGAGAAGAGGGAGAAAGCGAAUGACAGGAAGGUGAGCAGAGAGAUCAGACACAUGAGAAUGAGGGGAGGCAACGAGAGACAGGAAGAGACAACGAGGCAGACAAAAAGGAGAGACAGAUGGAGAGAGAGGAUAAACAGGAAAAGAGAGAAAACAGACGUACACAGAAGCAGCGAGCAGACGGGAAGGGGGGGAGAGACAGAGACAGACAGUGGGAGAGAGAAAAAAAUGGACGUCAGUGCCUUGUUUCCCUGGCAAAUUCUACUUUGGGGAGCCAGCCCCAUGGCGCCCGCACCCCACUUCCCCACCUCCCGGGAUUGCCCACUCUUAGGAGCUUCCCACCGUUCUGUAAGAGUGUUUUGGUGUCUCCCCCAGGGAACCAUGAACUCAAGGAUAGAGACCCUGUCAUCGGUACUCUACCCCCUACCUUUGAGUAAAGCGCUCAAUACGU